CCUAAAGUAGAAGCUCUACUCUGGUCGUCUCCCCCGUCCACCGUCCACAGAAACAACGAACGAAACACCGAAACGCCAUGGCUACAUCCUCAUCGUCCUCAGCAGCAAAAUCGUUGUUUCAGUCCCUGAAACGGUUCAUCAAGAAACCAUGGGAGAUCACCGGCCCUUGUGCCGAUCCCGAGUACAAGAGCGCACUCCCGAGCGCUCUGGAAUACCGUGUCUUCUGUCCUGCCACUGCCCACGCCAAGGCUUGUGUUCCCACCUCCAACCCCGAGACGGUCUACGACAUCAAAUACUACACUCGCGACCAACGACGCAACCGCCCGCCCAUCCGGCGAACGAUCCUGAGGAAGGCCGAUGUUGAGAAGAUGAUGAAGGAGAAGACCUUCGAUGCUUCUGAUUUCCCUCCGGUUUACUUGACUGCGAAGGUCGAAGAGGAUGACAAUGCAAGGGGCGGGGGAUAUCAGAAUUAGGCUUUAGGCAUUGCGGUAGGAUUAUGCACUCCCAGUCAUGCUUUCUGGAUUUUUAUGUUGAUCCAACCAUUCUGUAGAAAUAUUUUGAUUUAUUCAGGCCAUAGUAAUGCAUCUACUUUGUGCCAAGCUGCCAUGGAAUGAGACAGCGUUUGUUUUUUUCCCAUUGUUAAACUGUCCAGGGAUAUUUCCAGAGAAGUCGAAAUGCUAAAAAACCUGGGUUUAUUGGAAAUAAGAUGUAAGUGAUUGUUUAAUC